GCCUUGCCCUAGUUCCGCAAAUCGCCACCAGGCGGCAGCACCGACGUGUAAACACAGCAUGGUGGUCAUCAGACGUAAAUAAUCAUGGGUAAAAAGGGUAGGAAGUUCAUAGACAAGAAGCGAGAUGUCCUGCACACCUUCAAGGUUGUGGCUCGAAGUCAGCGGGAUCCGCUUGCCGCUGAUGAGACAGCCCCACAGGGUGUUCUGCAGUCGGUGAAUGAGAACACUCAGAAGGUUGAGCAGGAGAAAUAUGGCAUUUAUUUUGAUGACGACUAUGACUACUUACAACAUCUGAGAGGUGUGCGUGAAGCGGUUGAAUGGGACAAUUUGGAUCUUGAAGUUUAUACCAUUCGAAAGGAAGAUACUAAGGACAAGAAAAAACUGGAAGGCAAGAAGUUGGUCCUUCCAUCUUCAGCCUUUGAAUCUUAUGUUGAAGAACCCAUUGGUCUUCUGAACAAAGCUGCACCAGUGACAGGACCACGGCCAGAGCUAGACCCGGAUAUCGUCGCAGAAUUGGAUGAUGACUUCCUGGAUGGGGAAAUGUGCAACCCAGAUGAAGAUGGUGCUCUUCCUGAUAAUUUUGUGCUGAUGCUGAACUCAGAAAAUCCUGUAGGCCAAUUUGACGAAGAUGGAGAAUGGGAGGAUUGUGAUGAGGAUGAAGAAAUAUGGGGUAAUGGUUAUGAUAGAAAGAUGCCAGCACUGGAAGAUGCCAUGGAAGGAAUACCUCCAUACUCAAAAUUCAGUACUUAUAGGGACAAAGGCCAAGAUGAAGGUUAUGAUGCUGAUGAGGAGGAGCGAGACUUUAGCAGUGACUUUAACGACAGUGACGACGAAGAAAGGGACGAGGUGUGCAGCCUAGAAGGUCCACCCCAAACCUUUAGGGAUGAGGAGACCAAGUCUCACUUUACGAACUAUUCUCUGUCGUCCUCAGUUCUUCGCAGAAAUGAGUUGCUUUCUCAGCUGGAUGGAUGUUUUGAAGAAAAAUUCCUACGAGAAUAUCAGGACGAACAGGUUGGAGCCCUAGAUGGUGAAGACAUAGAUGGCUACGUUGACGAGGAGUCGCUUCUCUUCAAGCAGGUGAUGGAUCAGUCCCGUAAGCAGAUGAAGGAAGAUUCAGAUGAAGAAAAUACUAGGAUUGUUAAAUGGAUUAAGGAUAUGCAGCAACAGAAAGGUUUUGGGAAAGAAGAGAAGGAAGAGGUGAUUGUAUCAGACGAAGAGCACAAAGAGAAAUGGGACUGCGAAUCCAUUCUGUCUACAUAUUCAACCCUCUAUAAUCAUCCCCGCACCAUCACAGAUCCCCCAAGACGCAAGAAAAUUGCCAUUAAUCCUCGUACUGGCAUCCCUGUGGAACACGAAGCAGGAGGUUUGACAAGAAAGGCUCUGGCACAGCAUGAUUUAGAUUCCUCGGCUACGAAAGAUGGUGGACAGUUGGACACUGAGACACUCAUCACAAGCAUGUCGGCCAUCUCAUUCAGACCAGCUGGAGAGACACCGGAGGAGCGUAGAUUUAGGAAAAAAGCACUUAAAGAGUUACGAAGGGAAAGACGCAUUGAGAAGAAAAUAAAUAGAGCGGCAUUUAAGGAGGAAAAGAAGAGGCAAGAGAAGAUUAUUAUGAACAACAGAAACAAUACUAAAAUAUCUUUAAUGUGAUGUGAUUUUUUUUUUCUCUCAUUUUUAUUGAUGCCUGAAAUACAGGUAUUUUGUUGAUUUAUUAAAUAUUUACUAAGCUUAAAGGAAAUCUGCUGAGACUUUAGAAUUGCAACUCACAGAUAUACAUAUGUAACACGACUCAAAUAUCUUCGGGAUUCUUUCUCAGAAAGCGCACUAGUUGUAGCCUGCAUGAUUACUCAAUAAACGGUUCUGCGAUCUACACGUAUUUUACAGUGUGCACUUUCCCAGUUGUUUCAAGGACAUCUUUUCAGUUUGAACACCUUUGUUAUUGUUGUUAUUUGGAUUAUCUCCUCUUAGCCACAAGUAGAUGUGAGCACCAUAUAUUGUAUCUCAAUGAUGAAAAUCAUAAUUGUGUCUAUUUAACAUGAAUAAAUCAUGAGUAUAUUA